UCACUUAAACUCUCUUCCAGCAAGACCCGUCACAUCCAUGCUCCUGAAUACUGACAACAUGCCACUUCCAAGCACUUCAGAACUGAAAAAGUCUAGAUAUAUUAAGGGUCAUUACACAGAUGUGCAUGGUCUGCCUUGCAUUGAGAGGAUAGUGUGCUCUGUGGAUGAGACCCCUGAAGCCAUCCCCACGACCAUCAGAGGAACUAUCCCGGAGUGGAUUACAGGCAAUUUCCUCAGAAAUGGACCAGGAAAGUUUGAGAUCGGUAAUAAUAAAUUUAACCAUUGGUUUGAUGGAAUGGCCCUCCUGCAUCAGUUUAAAAUCGCGGCUGGCCAGGUGACCUACAAGAGCCGCUUCCUGGGUAGCGACUGUUACAUGGCUAACAAUGAACACAGACGUAUUGUUGUGUCUGAAUUUGGUACUGUGGCCAUGCCAGACCCUUGCAAGAACUUCUUCCAGCGCUUUUUGUCCCGGUUUGAAAUGCCAGGCUCAUCAGAUAAUGACAAUGUAAGCUUUGUGACAUACAAGGGUGAUUACUAUGUAAGCACGGAGACAAACUUCAUGCACAAAGUGGACCCUGAAACGCUUGAGACAAAAGAAAAGGUGAACUGGAGAAAAUUCAUUGCUGUCAAUGGAGCCACUGCCCAUCCUCACACAGACCCUGACGGUACAACAUACAACAUGGGGAAUUCUUACACUGCUAAAGGUGCAUUUUACAAUAUUAUCCGUGUGCCUUCAACAAAGAUGUCAGAAAACCUUAAAGAAACCCUGGAGGGAGCUACCGUGGUCUGUUCAAUUCCCUCAUUGGACAAGACGAGACCUUCAUACUACCACAGCUUUGCAAUGUCAAAGAAUUACAUUGUGUUUAUUGAGCAACCUAUCAAGAUAGACCUCCUGAAGAUUGUUACAGGCAAGCUGACAGGAAAGGGUAUCAAAGAUGCAGUCUACUGGAAUCCUGAACUUGAGACUAUCUUUCAUUUGAUCAACAAGCAGACAGGCAUGCUCAACUCAGUGAAGUAUUACGCCAAAGCAAUGUCCACGUUCCACCAGAUCAAUGCCUGGGAGGAGGAUGGCUUUCUGGUUAUGGACAUCUGUGCGGCCGAUGAUGGCAAAGCCAUCAACAACUACUUGAUCCAGAACAUGCGCAAGUCUGGAGAGGCACUGGACGAGGUGUACAACACCAUGUGCAGAGUGUUUCCCAGGCGAUUUGUCUUGCCUCUCAGUGUGAACAGCAAGACACCCUACAAGCAAAAUCUAAACACACGCCACGACAGUUCCGCCACUGCCAUUAGAAUUGCUAUGGACAAGGUGUUCUGUACACAUGAGAAUCUGCACAGUGAGGAGCUUCAUAAGUAUGGUGGCCUUGAGUUCCCACAGAUCAACUAUGCUAAAUAUAACACUAAACCAUACCGCUACUUUUACGGCUGUGGUUUCAGACAUCUGGUAGGAGACACACUCAUCAAGAUGGACCUUGAAGGCCAUAAAAUGAAGGUAUGGGAGCAUCCUGGUCUGUACCCUUCGGAGCCAGUCUUUGUACCCUCACCUGAUGCAACAGAAGAAGAUGACGGUGUAAUUUUGUCUGUUGUAAUCACUCCAAAUAAGGACAAGAGCACGUUCCUGUUGAUUUUGGAUGCCAAAACAUUUGAUGAGUUAGGCAGAGCUGAGGUGCCUGUGAACAUUCCAUAUGGUUUCCAUGGGACAUUCUACUCCUCUUACUUACAGAAGACAUUUACUGAAUCAAAAUAAAUGUAGGAAGCCCAUCAGAGAAACAACCGAAAGGCCUGUACUGUAUUUAGUUUCUGCUCUUUGACACCAAUGUAUCAAUUGUAAAGUGUACCUUAAAGGCGCCCACCAGAGUUCUAUUCUGUCCCUAUUUUGCAACUUCAGUGCACAUUACUAGUCAACUAUGCAAAAAGACAAAGAAAUACAUUAUAUAACUAGCUUUGAGAUUAACACAAACUACUUGCAUGUACAAUCAGGCUCUGCUGACUGGCAAAUCCUGUUGCUGAGGUAAUUAGUGAGAGCUAUAGCUCCAACAACUGGAGUCAAUAUUGCUAAUCGAAUGGCUACCUGGUGGAUAUAUGAAAAACUGUCAGGAGAGAAAUGGUCGCUGCCCACCCGGCUCCUCAAUGCAAUUGUUUUGUGCAUGCCUGCCAUGGCUCUCUAUAAACGUAAUCCAUUUCUGCCUGACUCCUGUUUUCUGGGGGAAGCUGAAUAAAGAUACACUACAUUGCAAUAGGCUCUGUGCCAAAAGUGACAACGCAAGUAAGAUAUUAACAUUGAAAUCAAAUCCAGCCCUGAAAUGUAGGCUUGAAAAGAAUAUCCACAUUAU